AUGCGAUUACCCAAUAGGGCAGACCUCUGGGGAGGAUACUGGCCGUUUCAAGGCAUCAACACAUUUGCCCAUUUGGAGAGCCAUAAUUGUUUACUUGAGCCUGAACAGCACUACGACAUCGCCGUGAUUGGCGUUCCAUUUGAUACCGCCACGUCAUACCGACCUGGUGCCAGGUUUGGUCCUCGUGCAAUUAGAACCGCCUCGCAGAGGCAGACCUCGUUGAGAGGAUUCAACCAAAGAGCCAUGAUGAACCCGUACCAGAACUGGGCCAAGAUCGUGGACUGUGGAGACAUCCCGGUAACACCCAUGGACAACGAGUUGGCGUUCAAGCAAAUGACCAUGGCGUUUGAGGAGUUGAUCUAUAGAAGAGAUGCCAAUUCCACCCUAGCACCUCCAAGAUACGUUGCUUUGGGUGGAGACCACUCGGUAUUGCUCCCACACUUAAGGGCGUUACACAGUAUCUACGGGCCUUUGAACGUGAUUCAUUUCGAUGCUCAUUUGGAUACUUGGACUCCAGAAGGUUACCCAUCUUACUGGCACUCUGACCAAUCCGAGUUGAAUCAUGGUUCCAUGUUAUGGAAAGCUAACCAGGAAGGCUUAACUUCAACACAUAACAUUCACGCUGGCCUUAGAACCAAGCUCUCGGGGGUCGAAGAUUAUAUCUCUGAUGAUGAACAGCAUUUCGAAAGAAUCUACGCAGACGAUAUUUGGGUUGAAGGUGUCAAGUACGUUAUCGACAAAAUCCUUGAUACGGUUCCCAAGGACACACCUACUUAUUUGUCUGUGGACAUUGAUGUGUUGGAUCCAGGCUUUGGAAGUGGCACGGGGACUCAGGAGCCUGGUGGUUGGCUUCCUAGAGAGUUACUUUAUGUUUUGAGAGCCAUCGACGGCUUGAACAUUGUAGGAGCGGAUGUGGUGGAGGUGUCCCCAGCUUUUGAUAACGCUGAGAUCACUGCCACUAAUGGUGCUCAAGUUGCUUAUGAGAUUAUCACCAGUAUGGUGAAGAAGGGUAAAACUGACGACUUGGUCAAGAACAAUACUCCGCAAACUACUGCCAAAAUGACCAACCACCAGUUUAUCAAUGAAGAAGAAACCAUCAGCAAAAAGGGGAUCAAGAGGUAUGAAGAGAUAUAGUGAGGACAUUGGCUUAGAACUGGAAGUUUUGAGUUUGAUCUUGAUCCUGAACGCCAAAUCCAAAAGUUUCCCCAUAUGCCUGAGGAACCAUAUCAUCAUCAGUUUGAUCAUCUUCUUCGGAAAAGUACUUGACGAUAAUAUGAUAAGCCUUCUCGUAGAUCUUCUCAUUUUCAUUGCUUUGGCAUUCACUGAUUUUAUCCAUUCCUCCAGCUUCUUCAAUGUAUAAAGCGUAUUCGUUGACACUAGCACCACGAGCUUCUCUAUCCAUUUCACCCAUCUUAAGAAUAUUCUCCAAGGAGUCCAAGGUGACCUCGAUAAUCUUGGCAUCGCCAACGGCCAACAAGUCACACAAUGGCUUAAUACAUCCUUGGCUCACAAGGUAUCUGAUUUGAUCAGGCUUGGUCAAGGCACCAGAAGAGGCGUUGGAGAUGGCCCAGCAGGCUUCUUUUUUGGUUUUGUAAUCACCAUUGACCAACAAUCUUAAAACAGGUGGAAUCAAAUUAGCUUCAAUAACUGCUUGUAUUUGUUCAGUGUUUCCGGCAGUGAUAUUAGAUAUGGUCCAACAGGCUUCCUUUCUGAUAGUUUCUUUGGGAGAGCUCAAUAAAGGACCCAAAGCAGUCAAGGCUCCUGUGUUGAUCACAACCUGCGUUUGCAAAUCAUUACCAGUGACAAUAUUACCAAUGGAUCUUAAGGCUGGGGUUUGGACCAAAGUAGAUUCAUGGCCCAACAAUUCAACCAAUCUAUGGGGUAUUCUAGCAUCAAUAACCGCUUGAAUGGCUUCACUGGUUCCGUCCGACAAGUAGGAAACCGCCCAGCACGCAUCAAUCAAGGUCUCGGUGUCGAUGGAGUAGAUCAACUUGGCCAAGGUAGGAAUAGCUUGGCUCACUAUAGACCAAUCAGGUUGAGGGUUUCUACCUCUACACAAGUUGGAUAAGGUCCAGGUAGCAGUUCUGAUCAAGGACAUUUUGGUGCUGUUGAACAAGUCCAACACCGGAAGCAUUGCACCACACUCCAAAACAAAGUCUCUGUAAGAGGUCGAAUCACCUGCAACGUUACCCAAAGCCCAAAUCGCUUGCUCUUUGACUUCAACCGACUGGGAACUCAAUAACUCCACAAACAAAGGCACGGCACCGGCCUCAACAACCACCCUGGUUUGAUCAGAGUUACCUGAGGCAAUAUUGGUCAAAGCCCAAGCAGCCUCCAAUUGCAACAUAUCAGGAUGAGAGGAUUUCAUGAAAUCCACCAAAGUGGCAAUAACCCCCGACUGGAUAACGGCAUUGAUGGGAGGAUUAUGUUCUCUGGACAAGAUUUGUCUGAAUUUAACGGUAGCAUUCAACUGAUCAUCAAAGUCGGGAGACUUGAUUAAUUCCACCAUUCUAGGUAAUUCUUGCAACAAGUUGCUAUAGAACUUGGAUUCAUCUGUGUUUCCUUCCAAGCCAUAUUCAUCUUCAUCUUCGGAAUCGUUGGUAUCGGCGUUAGUGAAGUUUCUUCUCUUGGAUAACACUUCUUCUCUUUUUUGCUUUCUCAAAUCAACCUGAUGAGUUUCUCUUCUUCUUCUUAAUUCAUCACUUUGAAAACGUCCCUUGUUCUUAAAUGUGGUUCGACGAUAUUCCGGCACGAACCGGCUGGUGGCAUCUCCGUCCAUGAUAUAUUUGUAUUCAGAGGAAAAAAAUAUAUGAUUAAAGGAUGGAGUUUUUUGCUGUAAUACU